GCCUCUGCUGCAGCUCGGUGUGCAGUGUGACAGCGGCUCGCCUGCGUUCAUUCCAGUCGGGGGCCGGGCAGAGAGACACUAGAAGGAAAGGGAAUAAGGCGGACACGGGGCUCUCUCUCUCUCUCUCUCUCUCUCUCUCUCGCAGUUUUGAAGAAGACGCCCCCACCACCACCACCGCCCUGCACCUGCUCCGCUCCGUCUCGUUGCCGUCUCGCAGGAGUUGAUCCUCUUGCGAGUGAGCGGACGUUCGCCUCUCAUUGUUCGGGUCGACGUUGUUAUGAGCAUGACUUCGGCGUUCAGCCUGGACUACCACCCUCUGACCGAAAGUCGGUUAAUGGCCUCUAGCGACACAGUCAACGGCAACGGCAGCAAGAUGAACGGGUCGCUGGAGCAGUUGGACCAGCCGGACCCAGACUCCAUCAAGAUGUUUGUGGGCCAGAUCCCGCGGGCCUGGUCAGAAACAGAACUUAAAGAGCUUUUUGAGCCCUUCGGCGCUGUGCACCAGAUCAACAUCCUCCGUGAUCGCACCCAGAAUCCCCCUCAGAGCAAAGGAUGCUGUUUUGUUACUUUUUAUACACGAAAAGCUGCACUGGAGGCCCAGAAUGCACUGCACAACAUAAAGACUUUAAGUGGGAUGCAUCAUCCUAUCCAGAUGAAACCCGCUGAUAGUGAGAAAACAAGUGCGGUAGAAGACAGAAAACUCUUCAUCGGAAUGAUUUCAAAGAAAUACGGCGAGAACGAGAUCAGAAUGAUGUUCUUGUCUUUCGGGCAGAUGGAAGAGUGCCGAAUUCUCCGGGGACCAGAUGGUCAAAGCAGAGGCUGUGCGUUUGUCACAUUUGCUACCAGGGCAAUGGCACAGAAUGCAAUCAAAACCAUGCAUCACUCUCAGACUAUGGAGGGCUGUUCCUCACCUCUGGUGGUGAAGUUUGCCGACACACAGAGAGAUAAGGAGCAGAGGCGCCUGCAGCAGCAGCUAGUACAGCAGAUUCAGCAGCUCAAUAGCGCCUCCACCUGGGGAAACCUGGCCGGCCUGGGGACCCUCUCACCGCAGUACCUGGCAUUGCUCCAGCAGGCCACAUCUACCAGUAACCAAGGCAGUUUUAAUAACAUUCAGAGGCUAGGAGCAGGUGUGAACCCCCUUCAGCUUCAGAACUUGGCCACAUUAGCUGCUGCUGCGGCUGCAGCCCAGAGUUCUGGCAGCCAAAACUCCACCAGCGCUAUGUCUGCAAACAGUGCAGCCCUGGGAGCCCUGGGUAGUCAAAUGGGUUCAUCAGCAUCCAGCGCGGGUGCUGCCAUGAACACCUUGGCAUCUCUGGGCACCCUGCAGGGUCUCACUGGGACUUCUAUGGGCCUCAACCUUAAUGCUCUCACCAACAGUGUUAGUGGUAUGGGGUCCAUGAAUGGAGGCCUGGGAGCCUCCAUGGCCAACGGGUCAGCAGCCAGCUCCAUGGACGCUCUGACCCAGGCCUACUCAGGGAUGCAGCAGUACGCAGCCUCCGCCCUGCCCUCCCUCUACGGCCAGUCUCUCCUGCAGCAGAGCAUUGCUGGAGGUCAGAAGGAAGUAGGGCCAGAGGGCGCCAACCUGUUCAUCUACCACCUGCCCCAGGAGUUUGGCGACCAGGAUCUUCUGCAGAUGUUUAUGCCUUUUGGAAAUGUGGUCUCUGCCAAAGUCUUCAUUGACAAACAGACCAAUCUGAGCAAGUGCUUUGGGUUCGUCAGCUAUGACAAUCCUGUGUCAGCGCAAGCUGCCAUCCAGGCCAUGAAUGGAUUCCAGAUCGGCAUGAAGAGGCUGAAGGUUCAGCUGAAGCGCUCCAAGAACGACAGCAAACCCUACUGAUCCUAGCCCCGGGGCCUCCCCCCCCUCCCCAGCUCUAAUGCUAACACUGCUAGGAACAAAUCUCCAUGCCUGUUUGCUCAUCAUUAGCCUAGCAUGUCUUCAUGAUGUUGAAAGCCAAGCCAAACCCCUGGCCUCAUCAUCCCACCAUUGUCUGUGAUGUCUCUCUAAGCUCGCCUGACCAAUACCUGGCCACCCACUGACCCUUGACCUUAGCUCAACCUGAUUUUUCUGCAUGUAUAUUCAUUUUUUUUCUCCAGUUUUUUCUGUAUAGAAAUGUGACAGGUGGGAGAGAGGUCAAGCAAAUCAAUGUGAAAACUUACCUGCGUUGAAUUCAUUUAAGAGACUUUUUCUUUUUUUUGCGAAUGUUUUAAAAACCUGUGGGAUUUAUUAUUUUUAAUUUAGCUUUGUUUUUUUUAUGUUUCUUUCUUUUUACCUCUCUCAGUAAAGUUCACUUGAAAGUUGAAUACAGGGAUUGGCACACAGCUGUGCUAUUUGGUGCCAUUAGCAAUAUGUUGGCUUCUUAAAAAAAAAAAAAAAAAAAAUGCUACAGACCACUUUCCAACACUUUUGAAAGUCUGACCAGUAAAACCCCUCUCAGUGCUCUGUAAUGAUCUCUACAUUUUGCGGGCAGUGCGAAGAUUUACACCAAGGCUAUUUAAAAAUAUAUUUUCUUUUGAUUUAAAAAAAAUAUCCAGUGUAUUUACCUUUUUUUGAACUAUUGAUGGCACAAUAAAAGGUACAUUUGCUCUGUUUAGAGAAAUGGCUACCUACAUGAGUCAACUUUUUUAGAACUGAUUCACAAAUAGACAAUCUGUGGUUUAAAUGCACACUUAGAUUACCUAUAUUUUAUACCAUUGAAUCUAUAGAAGUUUAACUAACAGAACCCAGGCAAAACUUUGGGUUUUUUGUAGAUUAUGUUGUAAUGUCAUCUGUGUCGGGGGGGUCUUCAGUGUAUUACAUUUUUAAAGAGGACUAAAAAUCAGUUUGAUCAGCGUGACCGUUUGAGGUCAUUUCUAGUAAAUUAAAAAUACUUUAAGUCAAAAAAAAAAAAUCCUCUACAUUAAUUGUAAUUUCAACUUCUGGGGGAAAAAAAGUACUUUUUUUUUUUUCUUAAGGGUCACAGUAUGUAGACUUAAUUCUUUUUCCUGCGUUAAAGAAAAGAUUAGUGUUCAACUUCCACGGUACGUCUCGUUGACCUUCUGUGAAUUUGUCAUUAAUAAUUAAUUUAAUUAAUGGAUGUUUCAGUUUGGUUUAGUUUGGAUGCCUCAUGUUGAAAGAUGAUUUACAAUGUCUGUUAAUCAUACAGAUGCCAGACAAUGUCUUUUUGUUUGAAUUUUGUUGUUAAAGUGCCCAUGUGUCAAA